AUGCAGUUACUAGGUUGGAUUCACCGUAAGUAUGGCCAAUAUACCAGUCAACCACUCAGGGAUUUCACCAUUGGUAAGCUUUCUUGUUAUUGUCAUACAGGGAAGCCAUCUUUUGAUGACCAACAAUUCUACUCAAAGCCAAACUAUGGUACCAAGUCAUUUAGGCCAUCCCAGAGUGACCGUCUUCGAAAGUCAUUUGGUGGCGUAGAAGCAGCACAAGUAGACGAAGAAGACAAUGAAGAGGAUACAUCAUCAGAAAUGUCUGAGCUAUUUCAUGGCUUUUUUGCCACUGGCACCCUUGGUUCGGACCCUAACAUUCCCGAUCCCUCGACACCAACAUUUGCUAUCUCUGUAGUGAAUAUAACCGAAAAAGAAACUAAAAUCACAGAGAAUGAACUGAGGCUCAUUAAUGAUGAGUUGGAGAAGUUUCUUGGAGAAGAAGCUAAAGAAGAAGGCUGCAACGAUUCAUCGGCAAGGAACAGUUUUGUCAGCACUGGAAGAAGCAGUCAUUGCAGCACAAUUAGUGGAAGGCCAACUGAAGUUCCAGAUACCAAUGGGGAUGAUACUCAAGUUUGUCCACUCCGAGGCUAUCUUUCUGGCUCAGCAAUUGAAUUGUCAGAAACAACUACAGUGGCCAAGAAGGAACACGGGACCUCACUUGGGGAGCUGUUUCAUAGGACUAAAAUAGCAGAGGAGAAGUUAUGGAGUAAUUAUGACGACGAAAAGCGUACGGCAAAUGAAGGAGAUAAAUCUACAGUGCACAUUAUGAAGAAAAAAUUGCUCAAUGCUUUUAGGAGCUCUACUGCAGCUGCCGGAGGAAAUAUAGAUUCUGCUUCUGCAGAAACAAAACUGCACAAGAUCUUGCACAUGUUCAACAAAAAGGUUGAACCUGAAAGCUCAACAACCACAUAUAAGCACGGCAAGCCCCAGAAGAAUGAGAACAAGGAAGUCAUCAUGUAUGAUGUAGGUCAUAUGCUUGCAGACGAUGACAUCAUGAUAUAUCCUCAGAGAGCCCUUUCAAAGAACAUAUGUCGCUACAAGAGCCUAUCUAAACCACCUCAGUUCACACUUAGCUGCAACCAUUCGAACGGGAACCGGGAGUGCUGGGUCAAAACAGAUGCAGACUACCUCGUGUUGGAGCUCUGAAAGAAGAAACUUUCAAGUGUUUGGUUUUCCAAGUAUCAU